AUGACCUCUCCGGAAACUGUGUUUCGAUCGCUGAUCCUCUGGCUGGUGGUUCUCGGCAGCUGGUGGUGUUGUGCCGGCGAGAAGCUAUCGCCAAAUCAAAAAGCGCCUCAGUUUGCCCGUGGUUCCGGUGGAUUGAUUCUUGAUACACCGUACGAUGAUAAUAAGGCCAGAAAAACACCGGUUUCGAGUGGAAACGUAGUACAGGACGGAGUACAGAGAGAUGAGACAGAAAUGCUGAAACUCGUGGAUGGUGAACUGGUACGAACUGUAAAAGGAAGCUUCUCUUACAAUAGUCCUGAGGGCCUUCCAAUUUCCGUCAAGUACGAAGCAGAUGAGAAUGGAAAUAGAGCCAGUUUCAAGUUUGGUACCGGUGAAACUGGUGCUAUCGGUGCGGGUCCUUCGACUCGUCCUGGACAAAAACAAAAUGGUAAUCGUGGUGGUCAAACCCAACAAGGAUCAAAGGGAUCAAAAGGUAGCUCGUACCUACCACCCAAUGAUGCAAACAGAAGUUACUUACCGCCAAAAUAAAAUUUUCAUUGUUAUUCCAACCAAAGCUUCAGCCUAGCUUUAGAUGCUCUGAUUUUUCAGAAACAUUACCUCCUUGAAAUCGUAACAAAAGGUACGUCUCUGUUUUUCGCAAUUUUCCGGAAUUCUUCGACAUUGUAUGUUCUCGUAUAGUUGUACAUGUUAAUCUUCCUUUGAUAAGUUCACAAUAUUUAUCGAUCGUAACACUCUCCAACAGAGCACUCGAACUAUUCAAUGAUUCGUAAACCGAUUCGCAUAUCAGCUUUGUAGAAACGCGAUUGUUAUUAGCGUAUCAUUCAAUGUUCUCUCUCCUUUUUCAAAGGGACUGUUUAGCAUUCGAGUAACUAGAAAAUAAUAGGCAGACUAGUUGGUUUCACUAGUUGCUACAUUAACUUUUUAUAAAGUAAAAAAAUAAAAUAUAUUUUUCCAUAGACAGCCGUAUUAAUUUUACAACCUUCUACUCAUUGUCAGUCUAAUAAGUACACAAUCUUGUUUUUAUCUUUUCCCUUUUGUUUCUUCCCACCGAGUGAGAAACAGAACAAAAAUGUUUUCCAAUGGAAUCAAAGUAUGCUACUGAAAUACUGUUCUGGCAUAUAUUAGUUUUCAGUAUUUUGAAUCGUAAAAAACAUUUAUUUUCAUGUAAUUUGAUAUUUUUACAAAGCAACAAAAUACUUGAUAGAUAUCGUAAUUCUGUUAAUAUUCAUCUUUCAGAACCACGGUAAGUGGUAUAACCAAACGGGCUCAAUAGUACCGGUAUGUGAUAGUGACCGGCAGGAUUUUUUACAUCAAAAACGAUCUCAAUGAACGGGUACAUUGUUUCUAUUCUUCUCAAUGUAAAAUACUUGUCGACGUCAAAAUGAAUCUUGUAACGUCCGGCCGUGAAAUGUUUCAUGUUAUCCACUAAAUCUACACAUCUGCCAUUUGGACUGGUAUUGCUAAAAACACGAAUCAAUUUUGUAUUUUUAUUCCUUUAUGAAAAUAAUAUUCAUUCCAAGAAAUGAAUAUAAUGGAAGAAACGAUAUUUUAUUUAAAUGAUACCUUUCGUUCAAGAAAGUCCAACGACCAUCCAUCAACUUAUACAGACUGACUUGCAAACCUCCCACUGGUAGACCUUUACUCGUAUCCAUAACAUGAGUAGAAAUACGGGGCUUCUUAAUUAGAGGGGACUUAAAAUUCUUUAAAAGCACAUGCUGAAAUAAAUUACGACGCUUAGAAACCCCUCUUAUAAAUAUUUUAUUCGUUUAAAGAUAUAUGAAAGCAAAAAAAUUGGCAUACUUUUUUUACAUUUUGAUAACUAGUACUUGCUACAGCCAUUUGAUCCUUAUUUAUCUGGACGCCCUUCGUGGCGUCCUCUACUUGAUUAGCUGCAAUUGUAGGUUUUUUAUCAGCCAUGAUCAACGUAGGAAGUUUAUUCUUUAAUUUACUCAAGACGUAUUGAGUACCAGGUUGGAAUGUGCCGCCUGUUAAAGUUAAAGUUUUACCACCCGACGUCAAAGUAAUCGUUUUAUUUUGUGCGGGCGCAAUAGGGAUCGUAUUCAUAGGCUGAAGCACACCUAUCGUAUUAGACGUAGGUGCGGUCGAAGUGUUUAUUUGAUAAGUAGUACCUAAAAUAGGUAAUGGACACGCCAUUACUAUUCCCGAAUCUCCGUGCUGUUUACAUUCGUCUUGCUAAAACAUCAAUAGUAACUGUAAUUUUGAACGUGUACUUUUAGCAAAUUAUAGAAAACGUUAAUUAUAUUAUGUAUUAUAUCUACCAAUAAUUUCCCAGUUUUUUUAUCUAAUUUAUUGUCGCCUCGUCGAACCGCUCUUUCAUUUUCACGGGAUUCUUUCAAGGAUUCUUCCUUAGUAGAAUCUUCUGUGUCAGGAAGAAUUGACAUAACUUCCAUCUCAGGAUUGCUUUGGUCUUCUGAUUCGACAACCAUUUCCAACUGUACAGUAUCUUGAUUAUCUGCUUCUUCUAAAUAUUCACUUUGCAUAUGAUCCAUCGCUUCGGUCAAAGAAUCCUCACACUGCUUCUGGGCAUUUGGUCGUUAAUAUUACAAAUUCUCAAAUGAAGUACAUUAUUUAUGAUAACUUACCACUCUUUCUAUUUUAAUCUUUUUCAUAGAAUGCUUGACAUCUUCUUCGUCUGAAGGUACUUGAAUAUGCGUUACUUCUUCCUCCUCCUCCUCUUCUUCUUCCUCUUCAAUUUUACCACCAACAUCUUCGUUUGGAUCCUUGAUUUGUGUUUCAUCCAGUUCAUCGUCUGUUUCUAAUCUUUCAACAACGUAUUCUACCUCAUCCUCAUUUUCUUCUAUUUCUGUUUUAGCAUACUCAACAGCCUAAUAUCCAAAUGUUUGCUUGAAUGAUGGGGAUAAAUUUGCAUAUAUAUAUAAAAAAAAAAAAAAAAA